GAAUACUUAAAAAAAUGUUCAGGCUCAGAAUGAAAAUUUCUCAACAAAUCGAGGCAAGACAAAAUGUAAAGUAUUUUAAAAAAAAUAGAAAUGUUGUCAAAAAUGUAUCUGUUAAAGUUUAUCGAAUAUGCAUCAUCACAUGACGCAGAAACUAUACUAUUUCAAAAAUAGGCGCAACUUAACGAACGACUUCACUCUUUCUUCCAUUCAUGGCUGUAUUGCUAUGAACAGAAGAAGGGACUUUUGUUAAAAAAUCCUCAGAAAACUAGCAAAAUGUAGAAAAGAGAUAAACAUGGUGGGGAUCCGGCUCGCUAAGCUCUACAGACCCAUUUUUGGCCUUUCCUUUAUCAUGUUAAUCAUGUUGAUAUCAAAAGUUGCCUGAAAAUCGCACUGAGCACUGCUGAGAGCUGCAGCUCAAAACCUAUAAGGCAUCGCGAUCACUAUAAGACAGACCGGUAAAGAGCAAUUUUCAAUGCCUUCUAAUGUUGCUGCCCCUCCACAAACCGACGAGCAAUCAUUAUUUUUCCAUUGUUCUAAAACAAAAGUGCCUCUCCAAAAAUAUUUCUUUCUACGGUAUUGAAAGGUACAAAAGGAUAUGAUUCAUCAAAUUGGUCUUUAAAUUUUUUUCUCGAGAAUUUCGGGAAAAAAGCGUUUGGACAAAACUUUCGGACGAAGAAACUUUCGAACGAGGAAACUUAGAUUUUGGACGAAUAAAGUUACACACGAAUUUUGGUCCAAAAUUUUCGGACUUUAUGUAGACAAAUGACUCAGUUUGAUAUUUUUUAAAAUAGCCAAAGUUGUUUUGACCAUAUCUUUCACACAAGGGCAGGUUUACAUAAGUCUAAGGAAUUUUUCCGAAAUUUGAGGAAAUUUUCGUGCGAGGUUAAGGAAAAUUACACGAAGCAAAGUGAGAACACUGAGCCCAAGCGAGGCUCGCUAAAGUGGCACCCAUUUCAAAAUUCAAAAAGAAAAGGGAAAGUUGGGGUGCAGAAACUGCAUCGAAAUCGCUGCAUGAAUGCUUAGAAGGUCUCUUGUUAUGGCUUCCAACUGCAGCAGAAGAUUGAUUGCAGUUUGUCAGAUGACAUCCUCCAACAACAAAGAAAGAAACCUUGAGGUUGUAGCUCAACUUGUGAAAGAAGCUUCAUCAGUAGGUGCAAAGGCUGUUUUUCUUCCUGAAUGCUUUGAUUAUGUUGGUGAAAACAGAUCACAGACAGUUGAACUAGCAGAGCCACUGCAUGGAGACACUAUAAACAGGAUGAAAAAAGUUGCAGCAGAAUGCAAUGUUUGGCUCUCGUUAGGUGGAUUUCAUGAAAAGGGACCUUUGGAGGAUGAAAGAAAAGUAUAUAACUCACAUGUAUUGAUUGACAACCAUGGGGUUAUCAAGGAGGUAUAUAGAAAAACUCAUUUGUUUGAUGUCAACAUGAAAGGUGGGGCUGUUUUAAAGGAAAGUGAGUAUGUUAUUCCAGGGACAUGUCUAUCUCCACCUGUUGCAUCUCCUGUGGGUAAAAUCGGAAUGCAAGUUUGCUACGACAUCCGUUUUCCAGAACUGUCUUGUACACAGGCACAAAUGGGUGCAGAUAUACUGACGUUUCCUUCAGCAUUCACCGUUGUGACGGGGAUGGCUCAUUGGGAGGUACUUCUUAGAGCAAGAGCUAUCGAUAAUCAAUGUUAUGUUGUCGCUGCUGCUCAAGUUGGCCAACAUACUGAACAACGACGAUCAUAUGGCCAUGCUAUGGUUGUCGACCCUUGGGGAGCUGUAGUGUCACAGUGUUCUGAAGGAGUUGGGUUCUGUCUUGCAAACCUGGACAUUGAUUACCUAGAAAAGGUACGGGAAGGUAUGCCUAUAUGGAAACAUAGGCGUUAUGAUCUGUACAAUAAUCCAUUGAAAACUUAGAUGUGUUUUUUUUUCAAUAAACCUUUUUCUAUCCUUAAAGAAUGAAUGCGACAAAUCACAAGAAACAGUAAAUAGUUCAACUACAGAAUGCUUGGAUGAUUUGUCUGAAAGUUAAACUAGCAACAUAGCCCAUU